AAGGUCAGCGGUAUUUCUCAUGAUUACGUCGCAGUCUUGCACAGGACUUCAAAGGAAUCUUUGAUUUCUUUAUUUUUGGAAUUUGUUUUUGUUACUUCAAGUUUACGAUGGAUUCUCACAUUGCAGCGUUCAAGAGUCUGGCUCGAAAGGACGCCAGCGAGCGAAUGGACGUCGAGCUGCAAAAGCUUCUUUCAACUGUUCAUCCUGAAGAGAAGGAGCAAGUAGCCAAGCAGUUUGCUAACUUUAGGGAACUUUUCGAGAGAUAUCUUGGAGAAACUGGMCCUUCAGUAAUUUGGGAAAAAAUCCAUCCUCCACCACAGGGAUCAAUUAUUGACUACAGCAAGGUAUCAGAAGCCAGCACCAGUGAUUCUAAAGCAAUCCUUGACAAACUAGUSGUGUGUAAACUCAAUGGAGGACUAGGUACUACCAUGGGCUGUGUUGGAACAAAAAGUCUGAUAUCAGUUUGCCAAGAUUUAACUUUUCUUGACUUGAACAUUCAGCAAAUUGAGCAUCUGAAUAACACGCACACAACCAAUGUGCCUUUUGUCCUGAUGAACUCCUUCAAUACACAUGAAGAAACUGUAAAGACACUCAGGAAAUAUGCAGCUUGUAAUGUCAAUAUUCACACUUUCAACCAAAGUUGUCAUCCUCGAAUUGGCACAGAGUCUUUGCUGCCCCUUGCCAAUACAUAUGACAAAAACCCUCAAAGGUGGUAUCCACCUGGUCAUGGAGACAUCUACACAUCAUUUUACAAUUCAGGACUCCUUCAGAAGUUUCUUGAUGAAGGAAAAGAGUAUAUGUUUGUGUCAAAUAUUGACAACUUGGGAGCUUCCAUAGACAUGUCUAUCUUGAACUUUUUGUUGAGUCACAAGGAACAGCAACCUGAGUUUGUUAUGGAAGUUACAGACAAAACCAGAGCUGAUGUGAAGGGAGGUACCUUAAUUGAAUAUGAAGGAAGGCUUAGGCUGCUUGAAAUUGCACAAGUUCCAAAAGCUCAUGUAGAUGAGUUCAAGUCAGUGAGCAAAUUUAGGAUUUUCAACACAAACAAUCUUUGGAUAAAUUUGAAAGCCAUCAAAAGGCUUGUGGAGGCCAAUAAAAUGGACAUGGAAAUCAUUGUCAAUAACAAGACCCUUGAUGAUGGUGUGCGCAUUGUUCAGCUGGAAACUGCUGUUGGAUCAGCCAUGAAAAAUUUCAACCAUGCUAUUGGUAUUAAUGUCCCUCGCCGACGCUUUCUUCCUGUCAAAAGGACCUCAGACUUACUGCUUGUGAUGUCAAAUCUGUAUGAAAUGCAUCAUGGUCAAUUAAUUAUGAAUCCCCAGCGAUCGUUUCCUAAUGUUCCUCUCAUUGAGCUUGGGUCCUUCUAYAGAAAGGUAAAAGACUUCCUGGCACGUUUUGCAACUAUUCCAGAUAUGCUGGAACUUGAUCAUUUAACAGUAUCGGGAGAUGUGACAUUUGGCAAGGGUGUGACUCUCAAGGGUACAGUCAUUAUUAUUGCUAAUCAUGGCGACAGGAUUGACAUCCCAACCGGAGCAGUCUUAGAGAACAAGAUAGUGUCUGGAAAUUUGCGAAUCCUUCAACAUUAAUGCCACUUUGCGUGUAAUGAAAUGGACGAUUUUUUUUCUGCUAUCUUGCUGUAAGAUCUGACAGUAAAUCAGCCCCACAUUCUAAAAGCUUCAAAAGUAAUGACUUUUUAUUAUUAAAGCAGUGAGAUAAUGAAGUAUAAUAAUUAUACACAGGUAAUUUUAAAUCAUUUUUACAGAUAAUGUAUUUAAGACCAAUGACUAGAGUACAAACACUAAAACUGUGCAACAAAAAUAUCACUAAAUACUGCUAAAUUAUGCUAAUUCUAUUGUAUUCUAUUGUUUAAUUAACACUAUUUUGUAGUAAAUAGUGGAAAGUGUUGCACACAUUUAAUGAUUGUUCUCUAGCCUGCGUCACAUCGGGACAAACCACGGUUAAGUGUGGUUUCUGCGGAUGUGACGCAGGCUACCAAUGACUGUCAAUUUACACUCGUGCGAUGUCAGAUUAUGACAAUCGUCUAUAAACCAGUGAAGCAGCUGAAAUGCAGUCAGCAGUUUAUUAUAGAUGGGCGUGCAAUGACGUAGUUUGUUUACUUCCAAAAUAUCAAAAAAUAAGCAACCUGAACUCAUAUAAUUCAAGGUUAUGUUACUCUCAAUCAAAAGCUGAAAAUUUUAGAGCAAACGCCCUUUUAUUUUCGAGACGUCGGCAUUUCAAAACUACAAAAUCUAUAGAAAACAUUCAGUAGUCGACAACAUUAUGCCCACCACGGUCAUUUCUAUGAGUUCUACGUAAACAUUGGCGCGCACCUAUAGAAACUUGSCUUUUCUUAAAAGAAAGUAAAAGUUAUGAUAAUAAAAAAUAAUCAAUGAUGAUGAUCAUUAUAAUUGUCAUAAUUAAUGAAUAAAAAUAACAAUAAAUGAAUAAAUACAUCAAG